AUGGUCGUUACACUUUUGUUGUUGUGGGUAACACUUUUACUCGUUUCUGCAAGAAUUAGGCAAGUUGAAAGCAAGAUCUCGAACUUUUCAUACGUAGAAACAAUAAAAUAUGGGAAAAAUAUAUUACCUCAAGUGUGGAACUCGAUCGUGUAUGAUGAUGGAACCAUAGUUUUACGUAUAGUUCGUAACGACCCUAAUUCCAAUCAACUUAUAUUAAAUACAACAUCAAAUACAAUAUCAAGUAUAGCAUGUUUUCAAAAGUUAUUAUCAUUGAGAGUUUUAUAUUCCAACGGAACUGUAAUUGAACGAGAUAUUGACUUGGGAAUUCAAUCACUAAACUAUUGUGUUUCUAAAGUUGAUGUUAAUUCGGACCUUUACGAUCCUAUCAAACUUUAUGCUCUAAACACUAAUUAUGCCUUAGUAACUUAUUAUAAUGCUACCAAUGUGUUUGAUAAUUCUACCUACUCCUAUUGGGGAAUGGUAGUGGAUUGGAAUGGAAAUAAAUACCGUCCAAUAAAUUUUGGUACAACAAUAUUUUCGGUGCCAAAUAAGAAUACUAUCUGUAGAAAUAUUAAUCCGGAUAAAGGUUUUUUGCGACUAAGUAUAUCCUCCAAUGCUAUUAAAUGGGGACAAUAUAUCAUGGCCAACAAUGGGGAUAUAAUACAAUUAAAUGCAACUGGAACAAUUGAUAUCACUGGUUCUUUUCGUAGUACUGUGUUCGAGGCGAUUUCAACAGUAAAUGAAGAUUACGCUAUCAUCUUUGGUAGCACUUUUAAUUCAACAUAUAAUUCGACAUCUAAUAACUCAUCAGAUGAUUUGGCUUCUCGGGGAACAUUACGCAUUUAUCCGCUGGAAUACGGAAAAAAUAGUACUGGAACCUCCCUUUUACUCUGGCAAACUUCUCUACAAAAUUUAACGUUCUCGUAUCUUCGAUGUGCUAUUUCUAGUACUGGUGUAGGUCACAUGUGCACGAUGACAGUAACACAAUCUGUUCAAUCUGAAAAUGAUGAAAAUGUUUUCACAAACAAGAUAUCUUAUCUUAAAGUUACUUUCCUUUCUUCAGGUUCUGCUCUUAAUUUUACAACUCUGAAUCAUAAUUUCCCAGAUGGUGUACCAGAGAAUGUUGAUCAAUUGAAUAUUAACCCAUUACCAUAUG